AUGGUCCGUCGCCAAGCCUCUUCAACAUCUUCAGCCUCUGGUAGCCACACAACAUUGGUCGCAGAUAGCUCUUGCUCUAACGGCCCAUACACCCGCUCUUGCUGGAAGGACGGAUACUCGAUUGCUACAGACUUCGAUCAGAAGUUUCCCACCACGGGAAAGACUGUUAGCUACAACCUCGAGAUUACCAACACGACAUGCAAUCCUGAUGGAGCAAAUGAGCAGCAAUGCCUCCUGAUCAACGGUCAACUACCCGGACCUGUCAUACGAGCUAGCUGGGGAGACACUCUCUCAAUCACUGUCACCAAUUCUAUGCAGGACAAUGGCACAUCUAUGCACUGGCACGGAAUCAGACAGUACAACUCUCCUGGAAUGGAUGGAGUCAACGGUGUUUCUGAAUGCGCUCUUGCUCCGGGUCAGACCAAGACCUACACUUUCCAGUGCACUCAGUAUGGCUCUUCAUGGUACCACAGCCACUACUCCAGCCAAUAUGGUAUGGGUGUCGUUGGAACGAUCUUGAUCGACGGACCUGCUACUGAGAACUACGACAUCGAUCUUGGUACUUUCCCAAUGAUGGAUUGGUACCACAAGAAUGCCGAUGUGGUGAACGCCUUGGCCCUUAUAGAUUCUCAAGCCGGAGGCGGUGCACCGCCUUCAGAUACACUUUUGCUUAACGGCACGAACAACAAUGGUCCGGGCGGCAAGUACCAGUCUGUUGCACUCACCAAGGGCAAGAAGCACCGUCUAAGAUUGAUCAACACCUCCGUUGAUAGCCAUAUGAUGGUGAAGCUCGACGGGCACGAAUUCACGGUCAUUGAAAGUGACUUUAUUCCUAUCGAACCUGUCGCAGCGGAUGAGUGGCUUCUCGUGGCAAUCGGUCAGAGGUACGAUGUGGUCUUCGAAGCCAACCAGACCUCAGGCAACUAUUGGUUCAGAGCAGAAGUUGCAAGUUCAUGUGGUAGUGCAAGUAACGGCAAUGGUCGUGCGAUCUUCAGAUACGAUGCAUCGGAUACUUCCACUCCCGAGGACACCGGCGAAACCGCUCCUUCGUCCGAGUGUAUCGACUUCCCUACAACCCCUUACUGGAAGCAAUCUGUCCCCAAGGACGAUUUUGUUGCACAAGCUAAGACUUUGAGCACUGGCUUUGGCGACGGCGUCACGGUCAACGGUGAGAACCUGCUCUUGUGGCAUCUUAACACUACCGCCAUGUCUAUCCACUGGGACAAGCCAACACUCGGCUACGUGUUCAAUGGCAGUGAUGCUUGGCCUCAGGAGUACGAUGUGAUUGAAAUUCCCAAUGAAGGUGUCUGGACCUAUUGGGUCAUUCAACAAGUGGAGGGAUCGCCGCCCAUUACCCAUCCUAUCCAUCUCCACGGUCAUGACUUCUUCGUGCUUGGACACCAAGCAUCCUCAAACUUCGACGCGUCGUCCAUGACUGAUCAGCUUAACUUCGACGACCCUCCUCGCAGGGACACGGCCACUUUGCCUGCGUCUGGCUGGCUAGUUUUGGCUUUUAAUGCUAAUAACCCUGGUGCUUGGCUCAUGCAUUGCCACAUUGCAUGGCACAUCUCCGAGGGCUUAGGUGUCCAGUUCCUCGAAGCAAAGAACCAGAUUGUGUUGCCUGAUCAGGGCGAAUUUACGCAGCAGUGUUCGAGCUGGAAGGAAUACUCUGCACACAUGGCUUUCCCUCAGAUCGACAGUGGACUUUGA